CUAUUUACUGCACUCCCUGUCAAUAUGGAGAUUUUGCGAUGUUUAACUCUAGGAGCAUUUCUGCUAUUUGGAUUUGUGUUUUUCCAUAGUCCCGAGGUGGAAUCGUGCAAUGAAGUUGUCUGUGCUCCGAUCGUCUCCAAAUGUUUAUUAACACAGAGCUGUAAGUGUGAAUCGAAGAAUUGCUCCUGUUGGCAGGAGUGUCUGAAAUGUCUCGGAAAGAAAUACUACGAGGAAUGCUGUAGCUGUGUUGAACUUUGCCCAAAACAAAAUGAUACACGAAACUUUUUCUCCAAAAAGUCGCACGUUGAAGAUUUUGAAGGCGUUCCCGAACUUUUUGAUGUUUUAGUAUCUUCCCCAGCAGAUGAACUCGAUUUCAACUGGAACAUUUUUACGUUCCCAAUUGAUUUUGAUAAAGUAUUGUCUGGUCCCAAACUUCACAGUUUUCCUAUGGAAAACAAUGAUAAACAUUUAGAUGGAACUGCUAAAGAACGGAACAACAUGGGUGUUGUCAAUUGUACAGUGAUUUAUCUUGAUCAGUGCAUAUCGUGGAAUAAGUGCCGUCAAAGUUGUCAGAGUACCGGAGCAAGUAGCUACAGGUGGUUCCACGAUGGCUGUUGCGAGUGCGUGGGUUCAACAUGUAUUAAUUAUGGCGUAAACGAAAGUCGUUGCAGAAAUUGUCCCGAAGCAAAGGAUUUAAUAGACGAUUUUGACGAUGCUCUAGAUGAAGAAAUGCAAGAUUUUGGCGACAAUAUGGGACCAUUUGACGGAUCUGUAAAUAGCAACUACUAAACUCCAACUAAUACUCGUCUUUAAAUAUUGUAU